AUGAGGUGCAAGAGCAAAAAUUACCAGGUGGAAAAGCCCCUGCUCACUGCCGAUAUUGGUGAUCUAUUGUGGAGGCAGCAGGCUUCCUCAAAGCCUGCCAUGGUGCUGCUCUCUCACUCGCCCUCGCAGAUGUCCAGUGAAGAGUCACUCUCCAACCAGGCGUUAAUGGCUGAGACACGGAGAGUAGGCAAGCUUCUGGUGCAGGGAAGCCCUCCUGUCACUGAAGAUAGACUGAAGGCCCAACUGGAUGACCUCCUUCGCAAUAUCGCGGCAGACAUAAAUUAA